AUUCAACCGUCAUUGAUUCUGUUUUACAGCGAUAAAUUGGGUUGGUUUUCAAAUCAGAUAAAAAAAAUUGUGAGUUAUCUCCCGUUGGCUUGACAUGUGUUUAAUAUUUCUUAUGCAGGGUUUUGUUUGAUAUUUCUUAUGCUGGAUUUUACAAUCAAAUAGUUUAAACAAUUCUUGUCUGUUGCAUCAUGCAUAUAGGAGUCUGGAACUUGAAUUUAUUUCAACCUUGACCUCUGAAUAAACGAUGUGAUUUUGUUGUGUUUCAAUGAUGUGCUCAAAUUUACCUAAGGAUACAAUGGUUGCUAUGGUUACGCGUGAUGGAGAACAUUCGCUACAGGGAUAACUUUCUGAAUUCUGUGUGGGUCUCUGUGUGGGCUAGUGUGUGGAACGCUGUGUGGGGUGUUGUUCUGUGAGGACCCGGGAAUUUUGAGUCGUGUGUUGUGACGGAUUAAACGCUGAAGAUGAGUCAGGGGUGGCGCGUCAGGCGCAAGUCGUACGCCAUGGGGCAGACGCCCCCUCCACUCUACUCCAUCCCCGACACCGACACGCCCGUGGAUUUCCACCAGGAGCAGAUCUUGAAGCAGAAACACAGGGAGAGGAGGGUCUCCAUGCCAGCCAGACCUGCGGACUUAAGUGCCUUUGCCAUGCCGCUGAUAGAACCUGAUGCUGUAGACUCCAACAUGGCAGACGCCAACGACUUCCAAGGCCGAGCUCGGUCGUCUUCUGGUUCCACGGCUCUCAAGGGUUUUCUUGGCGGGAAAUCAAAAAACCGAAACAAGUCCACAGAACGGGAGGACAGGGAGAAGAGCAAAGACAAAGAAAAGGACAAGAAGAAAGGUUUCUUUGAGUCGUUUCGACCCCGCUCCAAAUCCGACGUGUCUGGUCUGAAAAAACCCAACAUUAAAAAGCCCGCCAUCCAGACAGAACACUCCGUGGAUGAGACGGUCCUUAGUUCCUCCAGCUCCAACCACAAUCGGGUGUAUGGGGGGUCCCAGGAGCUGCUGACCCCCAUGGGUCAGAUACUGGAGGGUCAGAUGCUGAACGUGCCGGACGAGGAGAGGACCAGGCACAAGUCAGGGCCGUCUGUGGUCAGGGAUGCUGGCUUCAUGAGCAAGUUCAGGGCAAGGUCAAACUCGGACUCCAAGCCCAUGAGGUCACCCAGGCGACCUCUACAAUCACAGAAAAGUUUGAGCCCUCCAGGGAGCCCGCGAGUCGCUGACCGCUCAGGACUGUCCCCCCUGAGGUUACAGAGUGGUGAGCCCCGGUCAGCACCCCCAGGUAUGAUGAGGUCAUUGAACCAUGACCACACCCACGCCAUCAUCUACAGGGCAGACCUAUUUCACCGGUUUAGUGUUGAUUCUGAUCGUAUGGAGAUAGAAGAUUUAGAUGAAAAUGAGGAGCAAGUGUACGCCAAGUUUAUGAGGGCUCACAAAUGCUACGACCUAAUCCCUACCAGUGCCAAACUUGUGAUAUUUGAUACAGAGUUGAAUGUGAAGAAAGCUUUUUUUGCUUUAGUCUACAACGGGGUGCGAGCAGCGCCUUUGUGGGACAGCAAUAAACAGGACUAUGUUGGAAUGCUGACGAUAACAGAUUUUAUAAAUAUUUUAAAAAUGUAUUAUAAAUCUCCUGAUGUCAGGAUGGAUGAGUUAGAGGAUCAUAAAAUUUCUAAUUGGAGAGAUGUGCUCAAGAAACAAGACCGACCGUUUGUCUCCAUCAACCCCGACGCCAGCCUGUACGACGCCGUCAAGACAUUAUUAGAGAACAGAGUCCACCGCCUUCCUGUGGUGGAUGAAAGUACUGGCAACGCCAUCUACAUCCUGACACACAAACGCAUUCUGCGCUUCCUACACUUAUAUAUUAAAGAACUACCCCAACCAUCUUUCAUGAAGAAGUCAAUCAAAGAACUGGGAAUAGGGACUUACAACAAUGUCAUUACAGCCACUCCAGACACCCCCAUCAUCAAAGCCCUGUCCUUGUUUGUGGAUCACAGAAUAUCAGCAUUACCUGUAGUGGACAGCACAGGUCAGGUGUCCAACCUGUAUGCCAAGUUUGAUGUCAUUAACUUGGCCGCUGAUAAAAGCUACAACAACCUAGACAUCACACUCAGUGAGGCACUGAAAUAUCGCCGUGGUGAAGAUAAUGAGAAAGUUUCCACUUGCCAUCUGUGGGAGACACUGAGUAGUGUGAUGGAGAAAAUAGUCAAAGCUGAGGUGCACAGGCUGAUAGUGACAGAUGAAAGUGGAGGCGUUGAAGGCAUUGUCUCCCUCUCUGAUUUACUCAGAUACAUUAUACUCAGACCUAUGUCAGCUGAAGGAGCCAAACAACCCGCCCCCACUCUAGAAACAGACUCUCUGAACAUGGAGACCCCGCCCAUAUCUUCCUGAUAGAAGAUUCUCCCAGAGUUUGAUGAAGGCACACAAGACUUGAUGGGAUCACUGGGCAUUGGAGUCAGGCUAAAUGGCACAGAUUUAUUUUUGGUCCUCUGACAGCGGGGGCUGCAAGCGGAUUGGAUGGAUGGAUGGAUGUGGGGUGUUUGUACUAAUAUGCAAUGCACAUGGAAUACUAAUCUUUUUGGUCAGGUAGUGGCCAGAUGUUAGCUGACACUAACAUUGUUGCUGUGACAGCGCUCUGCUAGCCAGUUUUUCAAUAGUUUGAGAGAACUUGCUAGCCAGAGUUUAUCAACAUUGUGACAGCACUCUGCUAGCCAGAGUUUUUCAAUAGUUUGAGAGAACUUGCUAGCCAGAGUUUUUAUCUCAUUCUCAUUCGGUUCAUCUGGAAUUAUUUUUUUUAUUUACUGUUGGCUAGGGGAGGCAACUCCAGUGAUAUUGAAACUCUUCAUAAGAGAUACUUCAGUAGAAAGAAUUUGUCAUGGACUGUAUGUAACAAUUGCAAGGAAUGUCGGUAAUUUCCAAAAGAUAUAUUUUUAUUUCCGCAAUAAUUAAAAGAAAGUUGUAGUUGUUGGAUUCAUGGACUGUAAAUGUUGAGUAAUGAUGUGCACAAGAGCAUGUUGCAGGAACUUUUGUACAUAAUUUUUGUCUAGUGGUAGAAUUGUUGCCAUGUUGACUGUUUUUUUCUGUCAUUUUGUUGAAAUAGUUGGACAAAUGUUGAGCUGUGACUGACUAGUUUGUUUACUCUUUAUUUUUCAUGGGUCUCUAGUUUUGUGACAGAAAAAAAAAAUUAAUAAAUAUUCUGGAUCUAGCUAUUAAA